GCGGCAGAAGUCACAUGUUGUCCCGGCUCCUCGCCGCACUGAGCCGGCGCACAGAGGCAGCAGCCCCGGCACCGCAGCGGAGGAGGAGGGAGCCCUCGCCGGAGGAAAAGUCGUCGUGUGGCGAUCGAUUACUACUGCCUGCUCUCUCUGACGUCAAGAUGGACGCCUGCCGAAACAGGUUAUAACGAGGGAAGCGGCUCCUCUGCGGUGUUCAACGUGCAUUCCCCCUGUCCCCCCUACAGCAUGACCACAGCAGCGGCGGCUCAUCUCAUAACUCUGGCAAAUGAAAAUGGAGGAGGUUUCAAUGUCCAGCCUGGACAACAGCAAGCUGGAGGGCCUAGCUCAGGACAUCCUGUCUGACCUGGUGGAGGAUGCAUGCCUGGGUCUUUGCUUCGAGGUCCACCGGGCCGUCAAGCAGGGUUAUUUUUUCCUGGAUGACACGGACCAAGAAAGCAUGAGGGACUUUGAAAUUGUGGACCAGCCAGGCCUGGACGUGUUUGGCCAGGUGUACAACCAGUGGAAAAACAAAGAGUGUGUAUGUCCCAACUGCAGCCGAAGCAUCGCCGCAUCACGCUUCGCCCCGCACCUGGAGAAAUGUCUGGGGAUGGGACGCAACAGCAGCCGUAUAGCGAACCGCAGAAUAGUCACUGGUAAUAACACAAACAACAAAUCAGAGAGUGACCAAGAGGAUAAUGAUGACGUCAAUGAUAAUGACUGGUCUUAUGGGGCAGAGAAGAAAGCUAAGAAAAGGAAAUCUGAUAAGAAUCCAAACUCACCCAGAAGAUCCAAAUCAUUCAAGCAUAAGAGCAGCAUGAUGGGUCCUAGACGUCGAAUGGACAACCAGGAGAGCCCACGCAUGCUAAUGAAAGAUGAGGCAUUCCCUCAAUAACACACUCAGCCACAAAUACACAUUCUCUUGCCAUCGUGUGUGUGUGUGCACGUACCCACACACUCAAGCACGGGGAGACCAACAACACUUCACCUUUGGUUCUUAAUCAUGUGAUAUCAAUGGACGUUAAAGGCAACAUUUGUUGUUCGCUGCUCUGCAGAAGCAGUCCCGACCUCCUACUGUAUACUUGACAGAUGUUAUUUUUCUUCCACAAAGUCAUCGUACCAACACUCAUUUUAUUUUUGUUCAGUUAGAUUUUUUGCUGCAGUCCCAAAUAAUAAAUAUCAGCAUACACGAUUUGACUGCACAGAAGUAGAGUGUGUCGUAAAUGCAUCCGAACGGAGGCAGCUGUCUUAUGUUGUUUCUUAAAAUACACAAAUGAUUAGGCAUUAGGUGUAGUUAACAUUUCCUCACCUGUUAAAAAAAUAUCGUUCUUUGAAAACAAUUACGUCAAAGACAAUCUUUGUUAAUAGUUUGUCUUUUUGUGUUCACAUUCAUUGUCAGGCUCAGACCUCUCCAGUGGAAUUGUAAUCCAGUAUGUGUGGGAGUGUGUGUGUGUGUGUGUUUGUGUAAGAGAGAGAGAGAAAUAACAGCUUGUCAUUCACUUGUGGAAACUUGUUCUGAAAAUGUUCAGUAAAUGAACCCCUAAUUGUACAAGCAGGUAUUUUACUUCAGAAAGCAGCAGGUUUCUUUUUGAAUUUUUUUUUUUUUUUUUGGGUGGAUAGGCCGGCUUGUUUUCUAGCAUUCAAAUUCUGUGUUUGUAUCAAGUGUUUACAUUGUGAAGGGUGACAUAUAUCCUUUUUGUGUGACGUGUUAGUGUAAAUAUUCCAAUAGUUGAAUUGCUGCUAUCAUGGCUCAGUUUGUUUCAUCUGUCUAGCAUAAUAAAUGAUUUGUUACCUCUC